GUGGCCAUUACACGUUGAUUUUUCUCGACUAAUCACAAAGACAUUGGCACCCUUUAUCUUGUAUUUGGUGCCUGAGCCGGUAUAGUAGGAACAGCCCUCAGCCUGCUAAUUCGAGCUGAGCUAAGCCAACCAGGGGCUCUACUAGGCGACGACCAGAUCUAUAAUGUAAUUGUUACAGCACACGCUUUUGUAAUAAUCUUUUUUAUAGUAAUACCAAUUAUGAUUGGUGGCUUUGGAAACUGACUUAUCCCACUUAUAAUUGGUGCCCCAGACAUAGCAUUCCCUCGAAUGAAUAAUAUAAGCUUCUGACUUCUUCCCCCAUCUUUCCUGCUCCUUCUUGCCUCUUCUGGGGUAGAAGCUGGUGCCGGUACUGGCUGAACGGUCUACCCGCCCUUAGCCGGAAACCUAGCCCAUGCAGGUGCAUCCGUAGACUUAACCAUCUUCUCAUUACAUUUAGCAGGAAUCUCAUCAAUUCUAGGUGCAAUUAACUUUAUUACAACCAUCAUUAACAUGAAACCCCCUGCCAUCUCUCAAUACCAAACACCUUUAUUUGUGUGAGCGGUCUUAAUCACAGCAGUACUUCUGCUCCUCUCUCUUCCUGUUCUUGCCGCCGGCAUUACAAUGUUACUUACAGAUCGUAACCUUAACACCACUUUCUUCGACCCUGCCGGAGGAGGAGACCCGAUUCUUUACCAACACUUAUUCUGAUUCUUCGGCCACCCAGAAGUCUACAUUUUAAUUCUCCCUGGCUUCGGAAUGAUUUCCCAUAUCGUUGCAUACUACUCUGGGAAAAAAGAACCUUUCGGCUAUAUAGGAAUGGUUUGAGCCAUGAUGGCAAUCGGCCUUCUAGGUUUCAUCGUAUGGGCCCACCACAUAUUUACAGUUGGAAUAGACGUAGAUACACGCGCUUACUUUACAUCAGCCACUAUGAUCAUCGCAAUCCCCACUGGCGUCAAAGUCUUCAGCUGAUUAGCCACACUCCACGGAGGAUCCAUUAAAUGAGAAACCCCCCUUCUAUGAGCACUUGGCUUUAUUUUCCUCUUUACAGUAGGAGGUUUAACAGGAAUUGUCCUAGCUAAUUCUUCACUUGAUAUUGUCCUACACGACACAUACUACGUAGUCGCCCACUUCCACUAUGUACUCUCAAUAGGAGCCGUAUUCGCCAUCGUAGCUGCCUUCGUACACUGAUUCCCGCUAUUCACAGGCUACACCCUCCACAGCACUUGAACAAAAAUCCACUUUGGCAUUAUGUUCGUAGGUGUAAACCUUACCUUCUUCCCACAACACUUCCUAGGGCUGGCCGGAAUGCCUCGUCGAUACUCAGACUACCCAGACGCCUACACCCUGUGAAAUACCAUCUCUUCUAUCGGCUCUAUAAUUUCACUCGUAGCCGUAAUUAUAUUCCUUUUUAUCAUUUGAGAAGCAUUUGCUUCUAAACGUGAAGUCCUUGCAGUAGAACUGACCACAACCAACGUAGAAUGACUCCACGGCUGCCCUCCCCCAUAUCACACAUUCGAGGAGCCCGCAUUUGUUCAAAUUCGACCACACUAA